AUGUCAGUCAUCAAUGAUAUGCAUAUGGUAACAUCUAAUGAUACAGUUCGAACAGACCAACCAAAGGAUCAUGAUAUGAUACCUCCACCACCAAGUUAUGCUCAAACUAUUACUGAGACAGCAUCAACUCCUUAUCAAAAUGAUAAGAAGACACAAAUAUCAUAUACUGAGAACGUAAUGGAUGGUCCUUCUCCAAUAGUAGUAAAUCCAGUGACUAUACCGGACUAUCUCUGCUGGUCGAUUUUCAGUACAUUAUGCUGUCUGUGGCCAGUUGGUCUUAUUGCAAUAAUUAUGUCCGUCAUAGUAAACAGAAGGCUAAGAAAAGGUGAUAUUAAAGGAGCACGAACUGCUGCAACAUGGUCUAUAAUAAUGAAUGCACUGGCCACUAUCGGUGGUAUUAUUAUCAUUAUUAUUAUAAUUCUACAUCGAUCUCGUUCGAUAAACCAUGGAUACUGA